AUGGCCGCUUUGUUUUUUCUUCUACGUGAGGACGAGGAAUGGGGAAACGAGAGCGAGGCGAUGCCGGGAGAACCUCGUACGCCAAGCUCAGGAGCCGAGAGGGCUGCUUCCAGCGGAGGUGCAUCACCUGCGUCUGGGGGUUCGCCCGCUGCGUCACCGCCUCGCCUGCGUCUAAACCCCAGUCUCGCUACAGAUCCCGCACUGGCUCCGCAAGCGACAUCGCUCAAACGGGAGCCACCUUCACCAUCGCCGCCGCCACCACCUGCUCCGCAGGCACGAACGGAUUAUCUUACCUUCCCUGCGUUUCUAUCCUCUCCCCCGAGUUACAUGUGUAAGCCGUGCGGUAUUCGCUAUUCAUCUCUUAGUACUUUACAAGCUCAUCAAGAACACUAUUGUUCAAAUAGAAGGCCUAAAGCAGCAGAAGCUACAGAUACGACGGCUGAUGCUGCUGUGGACGAAUCCAGUAGUGAUGCGAAGACACCCCGGCCUCCUAGUAAACAAUAUACUUGUACCUACUGCAACUACAGUGCUGAUAAAAAAGUCAGUUUAAAUAGACAUAUGAGAAUGCAUUCCUCGUCCCCUGUCAGCAGUGGAACCCCGGUACCUACACCAGCGUCAAACGGCGAGGUCACCGAGAGUCCACCCAUACAGGAUCGCUAUUGUGCUGAUUGUGACAUCCGCUUCAGCUCCAUAAAAACAUACAGGGCUCACAAAGCGCAUUACUGUAGCACAAGACAGGUUGUGAAACCAGUUUUAGCCGCGCCUAGAGGCGGCUCUGCCACAUCGGGGUCCUCACCGCCAUCGCCAGGAGCCACGCCUCCGGCACAAAACUCGCAAUAUGCGCUUGCUUUACCAACAAAUCCAAUUCUUAUCGUGCCGUACUCUUUGUUAAGAGGAGCUAGUACUCUCCCAGGUGCUACAUUACCUGAUCCAGAUACACCUUGCUUUUUGUUACCAAACGGAACAUUUCAGCCAAUAAGCCGCGCUUUGUCGUCUGGCGCCACCGCAGAUGGCAAGGAAUCUGACGUUUUAAAAGCAGCCAAUCGGCCAAGAGAGGCGUCAAGAGAUGGUGCAACUCCUUUAGAUCUUAGUGUGCGCCGUUCCCCCGAAUCCGUAGUGACCGAUGAACAUGAGAAGGAGAACAGAAUACGAUCGACAACACCCGAGCAAAUCGUGUGUGCUCCAUCGCUACCAGGAUCUCCAGGUACUCCAUCGCCCUCUCGUCGAUCCUCAUCGCCGAGUGCAGAAAGUUCACCAAAACGAAAACGACGCAAUUCUAGGGGACCGACUCCAAAACCUCCUAGUGUGCCAUCGCCUCCGGAAGAGAAAUUCGCUCCUGUAAUUGCACCUGCUAUAAUACCUCCUGCACUAGCACUGCGCUUGGCAACAGAGUUACCAAUAAAUGCAGUAUCUCCACAGGUUCUUGUAAAGCAAGGGGUAUCAAAAUGUAAAGAAUGCAACAUAGUUUUCUGUAAAUACGAAAACUAUCGCGUCCAUAAACGGCAUUACUGCUCAGCUGGUGGAGGCGAUGAGCGCGUUAGUCCGGCACCAACAGAGCCGGGCCCACCGCCGCAAUACCGGCAGCUGAUCUGCGUGGCAUGCGGCAUCCAUUUCAAUUCACUGGACAAUCUGACGACGCACCAGUCGUUUUACUGCACAAAACGAGAGACACGGUCGCCUCGCAAUGCCCCAACCGAGGCCCCUCGACCAACGUCGGGGUCGGAAGGUGGUUGGAAGUGUCCCUGUUGUGACAUGGUAUCUCAAACUGCAGCGGCUGCACAACGUCACAUGGAGGCCCACGCUGGAGUCAAGGCCUUUCGCUGCACUAUUUGCCGAUACAGAGGAAACACGCUACGAGGCAUGCGCACGCAUAUACGCAUGCACUUCAACAACAAGAAGCCUGCUGACUUGCAGGAGGAAAGCUACAUUGCUUGCGUUAUCGAAGAAGACACUCGCGAGACGACAUCUCCAAGUCCAGCUGUGGGCGGCGAACGAGUCCAUCGUUGCAGCAACUGUGCCUACACCUCCACUUACCGAGGCAACGUAGUCCGGCACGCUCGCCAUGUCCACGCCACCGAUGAACCCGAGGAAGAGCAGACCUCGCCUCCUGUUCCAUCAGUGGACAUAAAAAAAGAACCAGAAUCGGAAAUGGAAGAAACUCCUAACUACUGCAAGUCUUGUGAUAUUUCGUUCAAAUAUGUGGACACUUAUAAAGCCCAUAAGCAAUUCUAUUGCACUGCGAAUAACCAGGACGCUACAGCAAAUAACAACGUACCAACACCAACCAGGGUCUCUGAUACACCUGUGGUAUGA